CUUUGGCCUGCCGCGUCCGGGUAAUCGGUGAGGAUUCUGUACGAUUUGCCGAUGCCCGGGUACCCAAUUUCUAGAUCUUACCCGCAACGGUCUUAUUGCAUGUCGGUGACUAGCAGAUUCAUGCAUUUACCUCCGCUCCUGGAUAACGACAGAUGAUACGCAACAAACCAUUUUGAUCGCUGCUCGAUAUUACCUUUGGAAAAAUGACAGCAGCUUUCGCGAACCAAAGCACAAUAGGUGUCCUUCUCCUCGGUGCUACUGGAUCCUUGGGCUCACGUAUUUUGUGGGCUCUGCUCGAAAGACCUUUCAUCAAUGUCACUGCUGUCGUGAGGAAUCGGAACAAGUUGAAAGAGGCCACCUCGCAUCACCAGCAGCCAUGCCGACAGAUUUCAGGAACUGCUCCUCCUUCGCCGAGAGAACGACUCUCCAUCAUCGAGGGAAGCGCCACAGAUUCUGGACUGCUUGCUCGACUCAUACAAGAAAGGGAAAUCCGGGUCCUGGUCAAUGCAGCAGGCCAUGCUCCCAUGUUUGCACGAAAUGGUUCUGGUACCGUUGCUGAUGGGGAAAACAAGGCCCAGAGCAUUGAUAAUGAAGUUGCGUGUAUCGUACGUGCUUCAAUCGACGCCGUACACGAAGUAGGAGGCUCAGGCACAGGCGGUACAAGCGACUUGAAAAUGAGAGGAUGGUUUAUUGGAGGAAUGUUGCUGUUGGACUUGCCUGGAACUAAACCAGUGGCAGGGAGUGACCAGAAAGCGCAAACUCUGGACGAAUAUCUGCCACUUUACCUGCACCACCGUCCCCUUGAGGCUAUGUUACGAUCGUCCGAGUAUCUGGACUGGACCCUUGUCUGUCCUGCAAAGAUGGUUCCACGCUCUGGAGUGUCCAACGUACCUACGUCGUCAGCUUCUCCCGGCUAUGAAGACACGCCGACUCCCACAGGCAAGGACAUGCAUUCUCGGGUUUUACCCACUCUCUUUGCGAGUUCCAAUGUGCCUCCAAAGUGGGAGAUAUGGCCCUUUUUCCGACGUAUACCGUGGGGUAUCGGGCCUUUGCUGGAAAUCAUUGCCAACUCCGCUCGAUACACUGUAAGUUUCGAGGAUGUAGCAGAAUUUAUCGUGGACGGGAUUGUACAAGAUCACUUGUCUCAGGAGCAACAGAAGCAAGGCCUUCUUGAGGUUUACCAAAACGACCACAACAGCGACCAGGCUGAGACUCAAGAGCCUACGGUCGGGCAAGGACGAGGAAGCGAAAUCAGUGGCGAGAGAGGUGCAGUAUGGAUCAAUACAAAGAUUGGCCUCAUUGCUGCUUCGGGCAACAAUUGA